CGCAGCUCGCUCUGAGGAUUACUGUGGUGUAUUUAAAGCAGAGACUUUAGCUGCAUGGCGAAACGUGCUCCAAGCUAGCUGAUUUCCCUUUUGGAUAUCUAUAUUUUCUCCUUAUAGGGUGGUUUCUCUGCACUGUACUGUAAAUUGAACUUAAAAUGCUUUAUCUGAAUUAGAAAUACAAAGAUCAAAUAACAAUGGUUACUAUUCAUUUGAGUAUCUUUUUAUCUGCUGCAUGCGUUUUCUCUCAUGAGAUGAAUGCUGAAUACAUCACUAAGCAAGAGUCAGAAACUAUCAUUUUGUCCUGUGGACCAGCACGGAACAUUAGCAACAAAGAAGAGGUCUCAUGGAAAAGAAGUAAUGAACAUGAGACUGUGGCUAACCUAACGAUAGAAGCAAAGACUGACUUUAUUAAGUUUGUAGAAAUAAUCUGGGGCCCAGACAGCUUUUAUCUGAAAGUUGAAAACUGGAGCGGUGAUUGUACUUUGAUCAAAUGCCGUGAUGAGAAUGGCACUGAAAUCACUACCUACAGGGCAAACAUUACAGGUAAUGGUAGCCUUGUGGAAGUUGAAGUCAGUUACAGUGAUAAACCUGUCUGUAACAACACUGAAAUAUUCUGCAAUGGAACUUCAAAUCCUGAUAUGACAUUAACACUCAAGAGGUCUAGCCACAAGAUAAGAACAGAUCAAAAACUAUUCCUCAUCUUUAAAAAUUACAGAUUCUUCCUUGCCUUCAGCCUAACAUCGGCCGACUUUGGAAGGUACAUCUGCAGACACAACAAUGGAAUACACAUUAUCACUGUUGCACUUAUGGGCUGGUGGGAAAUAUUCAUCAAAAAUCGCUACUGGCUAAUAGCAGUGGGUAUCCUGAUUUAUUUCGUCGUCUCAGUCUUUUUUGUAGUAAUCUACUUAUGCAUCCAAAGGAGGAAAGCAGCAAGGAAACAGAAGCUACGGAGAAUCACAGAGUGCAGGAGUGUCAUAAAUGGAACAAGAAUUCAAAUGGCCAAUAAUUACACAGCAUCUUCUCAAGCACAGACUCCUAAUGGUACUGCAGUGGAUGAAGAGGACAACAUCAGCUAUGAGAAUGUAGAGGAAACAAAAGCAUCAAUCCAGUUCUGUGCAUCAGUGUCCAAGGCCAAUGAAGGAGAUGAUGGAGAUUCUUAUGAGAACAUUUCUGAUAUUGAUACAAAGAAGGAAGACAGCAAUUCUGAGGAUUAUGAGAUGCCUGAUGAAACACAGAUGACAACUGCAAAUGUGAAUGACCCUGAAACACAAAGCCAGGAUUCUGCUGAUUAUGAGUCCCCUGAUGAAGGACAAGAAAACGACACAAGAGAAGAGCCUGAUGGACAAACUGCUGAGUCUGAUGAUGAAGAUAGCUAUGAAAACAUGGGAAAACUGGCAGAAGAGGGCAAGUCAGAUGAUGAGGCCAGCUACGAAGACAUGGGUAAAAUGGGAAAUAAUGACUUAUCUGAUGAUGAGGAUAGCUAUGAACAGAUGGGUAAAAUGGCAGAGGACAACAUUUCCAAAGAUUCCCCAUCAUAUGAAGACAUUGAUGAAUCUUUUAAUGCCUCUGAGAAAAACACAGAACUGCAGCCUCACAUGGAGAAAGAAGAAUCGGAUGAUGAUGCUGACUCUUAUGAGAAUAUGGAUUGCUCUUUUUAUGGUGAAAACAAGGAAAGUGAAGUACCAUAUACUGAACACCCAAAAGAUGAAUGCUAUGUGGAAUUUGAUUCCGAAGCCUCAGUGACACCAACAGGUAUGACAGUAACAGAAAGCAGGACAAACAGAUAUAAAGAUGAAGAUUGGAAGCACUACAAAACAGCAGCAGACGAGAAGGGAACUAGGAAAGCCAGCUGCACUGGAUGGAAUGUUAAUUAAACUCCAGUGAAGUUUCCAUGAGAACCCUUUCCAGAGGGUCUACAGUGUGAAUGUGUAGAGGAGAGCUGGUCAUGUGCACUUUGACAAGAUUCCUUGCUGCUGCAGGGGGGAGGAGCAGGUACCGGUACCACAGAACAGCAUGUCCUAAACAAAGCACCUCACAACAGUAAACUGCUGUAACGUUGCAGAAAACUAUAGUGCAUUUCUUGUCCUGUGAUUCGCCUCAUUGGUUCUAUGGUAUCUUUAUUUUUAUUCCCACUGUUGUUAUAGAUUUCAUCCAAGAAGACUAAUGAAUCCAUGUUUGAAGCAUGCCUACAAGGACUCACACAUCUAAGUUUAAACUCUUCCCAUCUGAAGACCUUAGUGAUAACUGCAAACACAUUUUUUGUUCACAAAGCAGGAUACUAAAAGUAUCUGAUGAGAAGAAGGCCUUCUGCAGUACUAUGAUAAGAUGCCACUGACCACAAGAAGUUCCAGCAAUUUCCUGCUCAGAUUCAGCAACAUCUGCUUUAUCUAACUGCUCUACCUCUUGUGACAAGAAAACUGUUUAGAUGCAGUGCCAGUGCUCGUUUCCUGAAUGCUAAUGACAUGACCUACUAACGUUUGAAUGGCACCAGCUUGUGUUGUUUUAGCUGCACACUUAGAACACUUCGUAAACUGCAGGGAAUAUCAGUAAAAUGAUAUCAAGAUGAUCUCCGUAAAGAUAACAUGAAGAAUGUGUAGGCUUUAAUUAGUUGUCAGUACAGCUGCAUUCACUGGCACGCAUUUGUGUCUCACAGACAUUAUGAAAAACUUUGCAGUAUGACUGUACCUACUAGUACUAUAAGGAACAUAUGUCCUCAGUCAGAUUCUACACUCUUACUCUCAGCUGGGCAUGGUACAUAUAUACAAGCUAUGUAUGUCUGCACACAGAUCCACACUGCCAUAAUCCACUGUAUAACACACGGAAUACUGCAUCAUACAUGUUCUUGAUCCAAUUUGUCAGUUCACUGUCACACAACAUAUGUUCUCUGAUGCUUUGUCUUCAUUGUGUCUGCUGUGUAUUCGUGGAUGUGCACUUCACUGUGGCAGUCCCACUUGCCUGUUUUCCUGCUUCAGUGUGUUACUUUCAUUUCAUGUCACACUAACAUACAUAUUAAGCUCAAUUCUUGCACUUCAGGUCCAUUCUGCGUCACAAAGAACAUGUGCAAGAUUUUAAGGGAGAUCCAUUCUGUACUACAGUGAGUGGGAUGCAUGUUCUCUAAGUAGCAGCAGGAGGAAGGGAGUACUGCACUGGGUACAUUGCACCGCUGUACUAUAAGUAUGCUUCCUUCAUCUAAAUCUGUAGGUUCAGUCCAAGUUAUGGUCUGUAUACUUUAGUUUCAGAUCUUGCUCAAAAUUCCAUUUCCUGUCAAAGUGAAAGCACAGUAGUUCAGUUCUUGCACAUUUGGUCCAUUGUGUGUCACAGUGAGUGCAUGUAGAAUUCCGAGAAACAUCUGUUGUGUACUACAGUAAGCAGGAUGCAUAUUUGGCAUGCACCAGCAAGGGAGGGAGUUCUGAACUGGUGACAUCGUGCUUCCUUCAUGUAAGCCUGCAAACUCAUUCUGAGUCAUACCGAUUAAAAAUCUCUCUAAUAAUGUAACAAAAGUGUGGCUUUCUGCUCAACCCAGUAGUGUUACUGUAGUUCAGGUUACUAAUUCUGGAGAGGUACUGCACAGCUAUUGUCUACAAACAUAAACUACAGAUGUUGACAUCAUGUGGUGAGCUUGCUGGUCAUAUUCGCUCCCUAGAUUCUAAAUACAAGGACUGCAGUCCUUAUCACUGACAACCAGGCAAUUCAGAACUGACAUUCACUGGGAGUGACUGUAACAAGUGAAACCACUAAAGGACAGUGCAUCUGAUUCUAUUAAAAGAGCAUCAGCGGUACAUCUUGCAAUUCGCUGUCAGCGAAAUACAAAGGCAAGUCAUGCAGAGUAUCAGAGUAACCUAAAAUAAAAUUUCACAAACAUAAAUACUGCAAAUGAUGCUGAGAGACAUUAAUCAGAUUUAUAGUUGGUCCCAAAUUGCAUUGAAGGUUUAAUACAUUACUGCUACAUUUAAGGGUUUAAUACACCAGAGCCAGUGUACAGUGUACUAUGCAUUUUUGGUAAUAGAAAUGGUCAAGAGUGCAGCUUUAUGUCAGAUGUGCAGCGGUAGCAUCACUUGCCAAAACUGUGAAUUAUAAAAGUAAAAGAAAGAGACUGUGUCUUUUUGUACAAGACUGACUCAAAGGUUGAAGUGCAACAUAUCUCUGUGCUGUAUAUGUAUCAGAUGUGAGUUUCUGUUGUUUGUUUCCUUCCUUCAUUUAAGGACGCCUUUAACAUAAGUAAUGUUUGAAAAUUUGUAAGAAAAAAAAAUAACAGCUGUCAUGAACCCAAUACAUAAUUACUUCCUGUUAAACUUGGACUGUAACUUCUCUGCCAAGAAUUUGUCUAUAAUUGCACAUUGACAGAUCUAGUGAAAACUGGGCAUAUAAGGCUGCAUUCUCUGGUAAUCAUGUCUAAUAUAUAUAUAUAUAUAUAUAUAUAUAUAUAUAUAUAUAUAUAUAUAUA